CCUCGCCAGCUCCCUGAUCCGGCAGCGUCGGGAGGUCAAGGAUCCCCGGACCGACCGCAAGCGAAAACCGUGCCCGAAAAGCAACGAGUGGCUCUGUCAGCAGCAAAUCCUCAUUUUGAUAUCCAAGGUCCGAUUAUGCGGCAGUCGAGGGAGAAAACUGGAGAAACGACCAAAGCCGCAGUUGAAGGGGAUCGUCACGCGGCUCCACUGCCGGCACGGUUUCUACCUUCAAAGUCUGCCGGACGGCACCGUGCAAGGCACAAAGGACGAAAGCGGCUCCUUCUAGUGCAGUUCAACUUGAUUCCUGUGGGCCUCCGCGUCGUGGCGAUCCAGAGCUACGAGACCGGGCUCUACGUGGCCAUGAACAGCGAGGGCUACCUCUGCACUUCGGGACACUUCACACCGGAGUGCAAGUUCGAAGAGUGCGUCUUCGACAACUACUACGUCACCUACUCGUCCGUCCCGUACAGACAGACGCAGUCGGGCCGGGCCUGGUACGUCGGCGUCGACCGGGUCACGAAGGGAAACCGCGUCAAGAAGACAAAGGGCGCCGCACAUUUUCUGCCCAAACUCAUCGAAGGUACCGCAGAUCAGUACCAGAAAGCUCGCCGCGCAGAUCGCGAAGCCCGUCUAGCCGUCGGUAUUGGUGGGCCCAAGAUUAGAUUAGCAAGCCAACAGACCGUUGGGAAUCAUUUGGUUCCGUUUGAUGGAAAUAAUAUCAUGGUUUUCUUUGCGUCUCAUAUGGUGGCCGUGUACAGGGGAGCCGUCGUCCCUGCACGACGUCGCCGCGCAGAGUUCGCCGAGGAAAACGGCCAAGACUGCCAGUGGGUCGCCUGCGCACCUCAAUGGCGAGAAAGACCCUCAGAGCAAAACCAAAACCUCGUCAUCGCAGCCAUGUGAGACAAGUGGGCUCGAGGGGGAUCCCUGGAGGACACCUAAACAGGGUUGUCGGAUCCCCCCCUGAGAACGUCCUCCCUGUUGUGUGGGAAGCAAGAACUCCAACAAGAGGUGCGGCCGUCGGUGCAGCGGUUUCCGAAUUCGACUCAAUUUUCCACCUUUUUGUUUUGUGGCGAUCGCAAUACAUCGCGAAAAAAAAAAAGAAGAAGAAAAGACAUCCACGCACGCAUUUAAGAAGGAACCGUGACAAUGUUGUUCUUGACAGUUUUUAGCAAGCUCAAACUCAAUCCGAAGGCGGUAAAAGUUCAAUUCAUAUUUCCAUCAGCGCCGCGUUUGUUUCUUGAAAUAACUUUCACGCCGGCGAGAAGCACUUAAGACCUUCAUUAAAUGGCUAAAUAGACCUUUGGGUUGCCGCGUUUGACCGGUCAUUUAAGUCCAUUAAAUGUG